UGGUCUUUGGGGAUUGAGAGGCAGGGAAUGGGGCUCUUGGAACAUCCUGGCGAAAGCUGCUAGAAGGAGCAUCGCAGGAAACCAAGUCUAGGACAAAGUCACGAAGGGCAGUAGCUCUUGUUUUGGUGUGGGUGGUGCGGUGUGGCCGAUCACAGAGGAGGGUCGUAAAGCCUUCCCCAGCCUCUAGGACUUGAAUCGGGAGUGGCCAGGCAAUUCGCUUUGGCCCAUGGGACGAUAAGAAACAAGACGCGAGCAGCAACUUGAAGGUGCUCGCGCACUGGGGUUCUCUUUCUCUUGCUGCAGAGGAACCCUGUGGUGACCAAGGUGUGAAUAAGCCAGCUUGCCUGUGGGAUAGGAAGACCACAUGGAGCAGAGAUGAGCUGUCCCAGAUGAGGCCCUCCCCAGACGCAGGCCCCAGCCAACACGCCAGCUGAUCACAGAUGUUCAGGAGAGUCCAAAUGAGAUCCACCAAGGCAGCCCAGACUAGAAGAACUGCCCCGCCGGCUUGCAGAAUUGCAUAAAAUGUGGCAGCCCACGAACUAGAGACUGAAUUCGGUGCUCUCUUCUAGGGACCCCAGAUUGACUGCAGAUUUCCUCCUGGUUUUGUCCAGAAGAGACUAAGCAAGAACUGAUGGAGGCCUGGGUGAAACCAGGAGAGAAAUGUUCUGGAAGCAGCUCUUGGCAGGACUGGGGCAAAGCGUGAAGAAGAUGGGGGAAGCAGAAAAUUGGACAGUUGUCUCGUGUUGCCAUUUGCAAGGACACUGGAGGAAGGGUGCAGCUAUGUCUAUGUGUGACCCUGAAUUUGGCGGUGGCAAGGCGAAGGCGCCAAGCAUGGGGGGCAGGUGUUGUGGGUCCUGGUACGAGCGGUUCCUGCAGCCCUGUCUGGUGGAACUGCUGGGCUCUGCCCUCUUCAUCUUCAUCGGCUGCCUGUCGGUCAUCGAGAACGGGACGGACACGGGGCUGCUGCAGCCGGCCUUGGCACACGGGCUGGCCCUGGGCCUCAUCAUCGCCACACUGGGGAAUAUCAGUGGUGGACACUUCAACCCUGCGGUGUCCCUGGCAGCCAUGCUGAUCGGAGGCCUCAACCUGGUGAUGCUCCUUCCCUACUGGAUCUCCCAGCUGUGCGGGGGGCUGAUCGGGGCCGCUUUGGCCAAGGCAGUGAGUCCUGAAGAGAAGUUCUGGAACGCGUCCGGGGCGGCCUUUGUGACAGUCCAGGAGCCGGGGCAGGUGGCGGGGGCGGUGGUGGCGGAGCUCAUCCUGACGGCACUGUUGGCGCUGGCCGUAUGCAUGGGCGCCAUCGACGAGAGGACGCAGGGCCCUCUGGCUCCGUUCUCCAUCGGCUUUGCCGUCACCGUGGACAUCCUGGCGGGGGGUGCCGUGUCUGGAGCCUGCAUGAAUCCCGCCCGGGCGUUUGGACCUGCCGUGGUGGCCAAUCACUGGGACUUCCACUGGAUCUACUGGCUGGGCCCGCUCCUGGCCAGCCUGCUUGUGGGAGUGCUCAUCAGGCUCUUCAUUGGAGAUGGGAAAACCCGCCUAAUACUGAAGGGACGGUGACACUGAGCUGGAGGCUUUCCUGCGGCCCAGGUGGCUUCUGAGGACCCACCCGGGUUACAGACAGGCCACCUCCUGCAUUUCCUGCUGGGGCAGAGGCCCAGAGCAGCCGCCCACCCGCUUCCCCCGCACGGGCGCCUGGCCUCCCAGAUGACACACCGCUGCCAAGUUCUGAGGAUGCUCUAGGUUCUCCAGAUUUCUUCGUGCUCAUCAGAGACCUCAGCCUGGGGAGCGCAUUGCCAGCCCUGCCUGGCCCGGCACCACACAACAGAGGGGUUUUUCUUGACCGGGAAGCUCCCAGGGCAGAAGAGCAGUUGGAAGAGGUGGCUGUUUACAUAUGAAUUCAUUUCCCCCACCCACUUUCUUUCUCCUUCUUCUGGCCCCAGACUCCUCUGUUACAGAAGGGCCUGCCGGGCUCUGUUUCUUUGCUUCCUGAGCUGCCAAUCUAGCUUUGCAAUAAAUAGUCCAGCAUUUCCUUUGGCGUGGACUUGCUUUUUGCUUCAGAAAUGAGCACUGCGGGGGAGGAAGCAAAAGUCCAGGUUGGGCC